UAUUGUUUGCUCUUGAUUCGAGUUUCGGUUGUUCAUAAACUGUUAUCAAAUUUAGAUUCAGCUAUCGGCUGUCUUUGUACUAUCGAAGCCUUUGUUAUUUUCAUUCUUGAACGACGCGUUUAAAUGCCUAGAUACCUCACAAGUUGAUGUUUGUAAAAGGACAGUGGUAUUUUUCCUCGCUGAGUAAAUUUCAUUGUUUUGAUCGUUUAUUACGUAUCAAGACUACUGUUUUUCACUUUAAUUGAAUUUAUUUCAGUUAAAGUAUUCGACUAAAGUAUCGUUUUUACUGUUUUGUCGUUGGUACUCUUUAGUACCACUUUUUCAACUGUAUCUGUUAGUACUUUUGGUCCUAGCAAUCUACAGCUCUUCACUUUUUUGGUCAUUUAUAAUUUUUUUGUUUCUGGGUAUCAUCGCAUAUUGAAAAAACCCCUCCUAAAUGACCGGACAGUGUAAAAAGAGCAGUUGCCAACGUCCGGGUUGUCGUUAUCCUGUUGAAAGCGGCAUGCAGUGCGACGAGUGCAAAGGCUGGUACCACGAAGUUUGCACGAACUUAACGCCUGCUGCUUUCAAACGGUUCAGUAAGAAGGGUUGUGUGUGGCUUUGUCAACAGUGCUGCUCGGAUGCAAACAGCUUGUUAACCGAGGCUAUCUCACUGGUUGAUGCUGCCAAGAAGUGUUUCAACAAGCAUAGUCGGAACGCGUCAAACAGCACUCGAUCUGUUGACACGCAAAUCAAUGUGAAGGAAACUAAGGUGAGUCCGGUGAUAGAUGACUCACGCCCGUCGAAGAAGGAAAGGCAGUAUCCAAAGGAGUCUGCCUUAAAAAAAAGCUCAAGAAAAGCAGGGUCUUCUGUUCCCCGUCUCCUAGAUGGGAUCCAACAGGAAACACCUAGGAGCCGCAAUCGCAAGGCUCGAUCGGUUUCGAAUGGUAAACAUAACACGACCCCUCAGGUCGUCGACAACCCCCCAAAACCCAACACUAGUUUUGACGCAACUGCUAUUGCUUCUACCAGCAGCGUUAACGAAUGGGUAAAGGUUGUAAGGAAGAAAAGUAUUGAUAUAAAAGGGAAACCUGCCCCCGUAAAAGUGGUUGAAAAAUCGAAAGCUGAUCAUAGCGACAGAUCAGCUAUUUUUCAUAGAAUUAAGGAGAGCGAUAGCUCUGAACCUAAAGCUCGUUUUGAGCAUGACAUUGUACUGAUUAGGCAGCUGCUUAAUCAACUCAUGCCUCAAAAUAUGACUGGGGUCACCUUGCUAAAGGUGUAUAGACUAGGGAGUCUAACGGACUCGAAACCAAAUCAUUCCAGACUGCUUAAAGUAGUAUUCGGCUCUUCAAACGAACGUGACCUAAUUUUACAAAAUGGACACAAAUUAAAGGGUUCGGGAGUCUUUAUCCGAAAGGACCUACCGUUGGCAGACCGUGUAAAAAGACGGGAAGCCGAGAAAGAACUACAACAUAGGUUAGACGCUGGCGAAAAGGACCUGAAAAUUGUAAAUUUUCGGGUUGUAAGACUUCGACAGAGAAUGAUGCCGAAGCCACUCUGGGUGAAGCACGAAGGCACCUAAACAGGCUUCGGAUCUGUUACACCAAUGCACGAAGCUUACUUAAUAAGCGAUCGGAACUAGGUGUACAGAUUGACUCUAUAAAGCCAGAUAUAAUCGCAGUAACAGAAACCUGGCUGACACAGGCUAUAGAUAGUAUAGAACUUGAUUUCGAGGGCUUUACGUUAGUAAGGGCCGACAGAACACAAAAGCGCAAAGGAGGGGGAGUAGCUCUAUUCAUUAGGAAUGCUAUCCCAUUUACCAUUACCGAUAGUGUAUCCCAUGAGAGUGGGACGUGUGAAUUAGUUAGUCUUCGCUUAAAAUGCAAGGGACAAGAGCUGCUGAUUGGUUUGGUCUAUCGCAGUCCAAGCUGUGAGGCAAAUGAGAUCCUGUUAAGCAGUCUCAAUACUUGGUCCCAAAGUGGUCGAUGUCUAAUCCUAGGGGACUUUAAUGCACCAAUGGUAGACUGGGAAAAUCUGCGAACUGAAUCGCCAGAAAAUUCCUUUGAGGAGGAACUAGUUGAUGCGGUUAUCACAUGUGCCCUAGUGCAACAUGUGAAAGAAGCGACUAGGUACGACCCGGACACUAAAUCAUCCUUAUUAGAUCUUAUACUGACUCACUAU